UUUAGGUGGCAAUUCAGGUGCGUGGCGGGUUGCUGCCGGUGGAAAUGUUGUUGGGCGGCGCUUCGACUUUUACUAACUCGUUAAUGGGCCAGCUGCCUGCGCGGGUAGACAAAACACACUUCACUCUCCUGGCAGGCGAACAGCUGGACGAUGUAUAGAGUGGUAAUCUUAUCUGCUGUAUACCAUAAAUUAGACGGGCGUACAAGCAAUUUGUACGAUAUCGAUAGGACAGCAGCAAUUUCUGUACAAUAAUAAUAAUAAUUGCCCGCGAUAACGGUGUGCUGUGGUGAGCUGUGCAGUGUGAUAUUCGACGUUGUUUAAAAGAUUGUUACGGCGAGAACGGGCCAACAGUUAAGCGAGUGAUUUCAUAGCGUUAGCACACGCAAUCAAGUGUUCCGAGGUGAAUUUCGCUAGGAAAAGUCAAAACAAAUACACAAACACUCCCUUGAGUUCAUAGACAAAGACUUUCAGUGCACAAAAGUCAAGCGUUGCAGCCGUUCCGUGCGUGAGUGCGUGCCUUAAAGUAAACUGACGCGUGAAUUAGUGAACAAAAACAAAGAAAAAGAACUACAACUACAACUAACACAAAAAAAAAAUUGAGAAAAAACAGUACAACAUUUAACUAAAAAGUGUGGCAAUAAAAAAUCGAAUAAAGUUAGUGCUAAUUAUCUGAGUGAGAAAGACUGCUUGGACACACACACACAAGUGUUUUCGAAUAUUCGUUUUAUCAGCAUUUUCUGACAACCAAAAAUUUACAACAACGUUGGCCAGAAUGAAGUUAAGACUCUUACGUUGUUUACGUCAUACGAAACCGCAAGUGCCGGACGAAUUCCACACAACGCCGCAGGAUGUGGAGCAGCAGUUCACCGAGGUGCGCAAAUCGUUUCGUGAGGCUGUGAAAAUUUUGUUGCUGGGCACAGCGGAGUCCGGCAAGACGACAAUUAUCAAACAAAUGCGCAUUUUGCACAUAAAUGGAUACACAGACGAAGAACGCUGUGACAAAAUUCCGGAAAUAUACCAAAACAUCCAUGAAUCCAUCUAUCAGUUGGUGCAGCAUAUGUCUAUAUUGGGUAUCCAGUAUCAGAGCAUAGCGAGUAGAAAGUGUGCAGACUAUAUACUCUCAAUGGGCGAUCAAGCACCGGAAUACAUGAAUGAGGAAUAUUGCGAUCACAUAAUAACUUUGUGGAAUGAUGUUGGCAUUCGGACGUGCUUUGAGCGCUCCAAUGAGAUUCCGCUGCUAGACAGCACGAAAUACUUCCUCGACAAUUUUGAACGCAUCUCCGACCCCGAAUACGUACCAUCUACCGAGGAUAUAUUGCACAGCCGUAAGAUUACCACCGGCAUACAUCAGAUCACGUUCAAGGUGAAGGUGCCACGCACCAUGGGCGGCGGUGUGCAAGAGUUCCGCAUGUACGAUGUGGGGGGUCAGCGUGACCAACGCAACAAAUGGAUACAAGUCUUCGAGGGAAUUCAAGCGGUGCUUUUUCUCAUUUCCUGCGGUGACUUCGAUCAGAGUCUGCGUGAGGACCCGCGUCAGAAUCGUCUGCAAGAGGCGCUCAAUCUGUUUCGGAGUGUGUGGCAAAAUCGUUUUCUCGCCUCCGCCGGCUUCAUAGUCUUCCUGAAUAAACAGGACGUGAUGGAGCGCAAGAUACGCGCCGGGAAGCAUAUUGUCGAUUAUUUCCCAGACUUUGAAGAUUUCUGCAAUUCUCCGCAAGAAGGCAAUUACUUCGAUGAGUCUGAUUGGACGAAGCGCUUCAUACAGCACAAGCUUAUCGAUAUCACGCGUGAACCGUUCAAGCGUAAUUCUCGAAAUAACAUUGACUACUCGAGGCGAGAGUGCUACUAUCAUUUUACCGUUGCUACCGAUACGAGUUGCGUGCGGAAGGUUUUCAACGACGUACAUCAGAUGAUUCUGCAUCAGAACAUGAAAUUGAUGGGGCUGCUGUGAUGAGACUGUACAUUUAGCACGAAUGCGAAUUCGUGAAGCGAAAAUAUUAUAAUUAGUCGUAGUGUGAGUUUAUAAGUAGAUAAGUGCAGAGUUAAGUAAACGUCAGCAUAGUAUUAUGAUUAUUGUAAAUCCAUAUGUUAGUGUUAGGUCCGUGCCGAAUCUUUGAAUUUUUGAAUAAGCUUCAGAAUUUAGUGAAUUCCUAUUCUGUAACUGUGAUUUUAAUAGGGAUAUUUAUUGUAAGUAACAUUAGUAGUUUUAAAAAAUGAAAUUUUCUACCGAAAUUUAUAAUAACUUAUGAUUAACAGGAUAAAUAAUUAUAAGCAAUCAAACAGUAUGUGCAAAAGAACUUUUCGCCAAAGUUUGUAAAAAAACAUUAAAAUGACUUUUAGAGUUUUGAAAAAAUAAAAAUAUCUUAUUACUUGAAAAUACCAUCUCG